AUGGAUAUGCUCAACUAUGCACACGCUGUACAUCCUGCCAAGUUGCACCGGCGCAAGUUUAUGCGUCGGAUCAAAACCCAGAGGUAUUUGGAAGCCAAGAUUCAACGCCUUUCGAGGUUCAAGGCUCCGACGAAAAAGGAAUUUGGUACUAUCGCCAGAACUCAGAAAUCAGAUGUCACCAAGCGGAAUCCCAAAAUGCCAUUUCUCUGGACCAAUAAUGAAGACAGGUGGGAAUACACGCAGUGGAAAUCCCACAACCCGGUGCUCUUCGACGACGUCGACCGCAUAUGUCGGCUUCUCAAGGCCUCGAAGAGUGCCCCCUCACCCACUCGAACAAUGGGCAGCAAAGCUUGGUAA